AUGGGAGUUAUAGAAAAGAUUAAGCAGAUUGAGGAGGAGAUGGCUCGGACGCAAAAAAACAAGGCGACCGAGUACCAUUUGGGCCUCCUCAAAGGAAAACUAGCUCGUCUUAGACAACAGCUUUUGGCGGAAGAAACAGCGCCCACUGGGGGCGGUGGAACCGGAUUUGAAGUAGCAAAGUCUGGAGAUGCUCGUGCGGUUUUGAUUGGGUAUCCUUCGGUGGGUAAGUCGUCACUUUUGAGCAAAAUUACAACGACCAAGGCGGAAGUUGCACACUAUGCAUUUACCACUCUUACCUCAGUUCCCGGGGUGCUCAAAUACCAAGGCGCAGAAGUUCAGAUUGUCGAUCUGCCUGGUAUCAUCUAUGGUGCUUCCCAGGGUAAGGGUCGUGGACGACAGGUUAUAUCGACGGCGAGAACAGCUGAUCUAGUUUUGAUGGUGCUGGACGCUACGAAGGGCGAACACCAGCGUGAGUCAUUGGAGAAAGAAUUGGAAGCAGUGGGGAUCCGAUUGAACAAAGAGAGACCCAACAUUUACUACAAGAAGAAAGAGACCGGUGGAGUUAAAGUCACGUUUACGUCCCCUUCAAAGGCCAACCUAACUGAAGAGGCUAUAAAAGGCAUCUUGAAAGACUACAGAAUACACAAUGCAGAUGUGCUAGUACGCGACGACAAAUGCACAAUUGACGACUUUAUUGACAUUUUAAACGACCAGCACUGCAAUUACAUCAAAUGUCUGUACGCGUACAACAAGAUCGACGCGGUUUCGUUAGAAGAGGUUGACCGUUUGGCUAGAGAGCCGAACACCGUCGUGAUGUCGUGUGAAAGCGAUUUGGGGCUAGACGACGUUGUGGACGAAAUCUGGUAUCAACUGAACCUAAGUCGUGUUUUCACGAAGAAGAGAGGCAUAAAACCUGACUUCACAGAUCCACUGGUGGUGAGAAACAACUCCACUGUUGGCGAUUUGUGCCACUCGAUUCACCGCGACUUCAAGGAUAAGUUUAAGUAUGCAUUAGUGUGGGGAUCCUCUGCCAAGCAUUCGCCUCAGAAAUGUGGACUGACGCAUAAGAUUCAUGAUGAGGAUGUAGUGAGUCUUUUCACCAAAUAG